AUGGUCGUCAGAGGCCUCCAGGCCGUCUCGAAGGCCCAGAAUGGUGUCGGAGCUUUCAUACUACAAUGCAAACGACUAGAAUUCAACUAUUGUGAGAUGAGCGGUAGCUCCCGCGGCAUGAAGGCAUUUCUAAAAACUCGUCUCGCAACAUUUGCAAAAGAAAACCCUGGAGUCGAGAUCGUGGUCUCUCCGCGGCCGAAGAAGCAUCCAAUCAUCAGAGGGAGUUAUAUCAACAAACGAGAAAAGGUCGUCUGUGUACGGAACCUGGAAGUUCUACAAGUCCUUCAAAAAGCCGAAUUACUACGGGACGCAUCAGGCGACAAGAUCAAGAAGAUCAACAAGCCAGUGCAAAGUUUGAACGACAGUGUCAGAGGCAUUUGGAGUCCUUACCACGCCAAGGGCGAGGAUGUGUAUAAAGUGUAA